GACAAAAACGUUUCGAGCCGUUAAUCCAAUUGAUAGCCCAAAAUCACAUGCAGGAACAUUUGAAAGGGUGAGCUUGACAAAUUGAUACCUAUUAGCCAUCGAACCUACUUGGCGACAACUACAAAUGACGGCAAAGCGGGCAACGUCAUCACGUCAAGUAGAUCCGCCAAGUCUGCCAAACGAAAGCACUGCCCCACUUAUCGGCAGCAACGACAUCUUUGGAGACGAUGAAGCUGGCGGUGUACCGCCUUCCCGAGGGCGCGAAACGGCAUCUAAUGACAGGGCAAGAUCCAAAAGCGGAAGCCGAAAGGCCAGUCCAGCUAAAUCUAUCAAAGAAGUUGACCAUCAGGAUGCAGCAUCCGGUGGUAAAGUCCUUACGCGACCACACCUUCAGCUAGGUGUCCAACAUCGGACGGCGAUGGGAGAGUAUAUUCCGCCUCCUGGAGGAACACCUCUGAGCAGCUUGGCAAACGCAACACCAUCUCCUCAGACCUAUACUCCUCAUCUUUUACCAUCUGGCCGCUGUAUAUCUAUCCUGGGCAAGCACGCCACAUCCUCUUCACAAAAUGAAGGACCCGGUCCGCAGAAAUACAACACAGAUCCGGUCCGUGUCAUUUUCGAAGAGAGACCAAAGUGGAGUAUUGGAGGUACCACGUCAAGGAGCACAAAGACGGAAGUGAAUGACUUUCCUGGACCUGGAAAGUAUGGUCUGGCUGAAGGAACGAUUGGGAAAGAUGGGCCCUCAUUUUCGAUUUCGGGCUGGCAUCCUGUUUUCGAAUCCAACAUUCCUGGUCCCGAGCAAUACUUUCCUCCCUCCUCAUUGGGCAGAUCCGGAGCGCCAAAAUACUCGUUCGGUGUUAAGCCGACCGUCAUCGAGGAGCCCACUCCUGGUCCACAGGACUACAAUGUCCCCAACGUCCCACCACACGCCAAAGUGUCAACAGGCUAUACAAUGCGACCCAAACUCGACCCUGCCUUGUUCACGGAUUCAGAAGACGGUGGACGACCGGCGCCCAAUGCGUAUUAUCCCAAAUUACCUUGGGAUCAAAAGGCAGCAACAUUGAAAGGAUGGUAUAAAGAGAGUAAAGCUCUCAAAACACCUGGUCCCGCCAAUUACCUCAUGCCAAACGACCUUUUCUCUGGGCCCCAGUUUUCAAUCAUCGGACGACAUGACGGGCAAACAGUCCGGACCCCACCGCCAGGACCUGCCGAUUACAUGCCAAAUUUUGAGCCAACUAGAGACAAGGGAGCAGUAGUGUCACUCAAAGGAAGACAUGCGACAAAAGAUCAACAAAGUGAUAAUGAUAGAGGUCAAGGGAUUCCAGGACCAGGAACCUACACGCCACGAGAUCGCCAAGUUCGAGGAAAUGACGGCCCAAAAGUAACCUUAAAAGGCCGAUGGAAUAGCAUCCAAGAGAGCAUGCCAGGACCCGCUGACUAUCAAACAACUCCAGCUAUCACACCUGCUCAGCUCGCCAAAUUCGAUGCCAAAGAAAAGGCAAAAAGCAAGGUGGUCCCAGCGCGACCGUUCCCAGUUACCACACCAGGACCAGGAAGUUAUACCCUGACUGCCUUGACUGUCACCAAAGCCGCCGGACCGAAAUUCUCUCUUGGAAAACGGUUAGAAAGGGGAAAUAAACCGUCCUCGCCCAACACUCCUGGUCCUAAUGCUUAUCAAGCGAACCCGGUCACUACGAGUCGAUCAACGACUUUCAAGGGUCGCAUGUCACCUUUUGUCACUGUAUUUCCAAGCACAAGGGUUGAUACAUUGCGAGUACAUGUGUGAAUGAGAGACUUUUUUUGAUUGAGUUGCUUGAAUAUACAAUUUCUCCAAUGCGGAAGGAAAAAAAAAACCAUGUCAUUAAC